AGCGGGAUUUUUUUCUUUGGUUCAAUCAGAUCCGGGGAAAAUGAUCAAUCUGCGGUUGACAAUUAUGGCAGGCCAAUAGAGAUCGCCCCGAUCCUUCAGAUGCUCAAUAAAUCGUUCACGUAGAAUCUUCGGUUCGACAGCUUUGUUUACCUCUAUUUUUUUUUUCUUUAUCUGGUCCUGUUUUAGACUGAUUUCGUCUUCUUUAUUUCUCGUCUCAGUUCAUUAGCUCUCUCUCUUUCCUCGUAAUUGAUCCUCUCUAUAUCCGUUUUCUAAUGACCGUCGGUGUACGUAUCUCUACUCAUUUGUUUGGCCGAGUACGUAAAUACAAUGAAUUGGACCUGUACGUUCCGCCCAAUGCGAAUCAAUGCACACCGUUGCUCGUAUUUAUCCACGGUGGCGCCUGGCGUUCCGAAGAUAAGGCCGAUCACGCUCAAUUAGCCAUGUAUUUAGCAGUUCAGGGCUACACGGUGGCCGUGGUCAACUACAGAUUAAGUCUUCGGAACCACCCGCAUGAGCAACCGGAAGUGCAGCAUCCCGACCAUAUUGACGAUAUUCUUGACGCGAUUCACUACUUGAUACAAACUCCACCACGAUCGGCCGUGUAUGAUACGACCAAUAUCCAUCUCAUUGGUCAUUCCUGCGGGGCUCACAUGGCCAUGAUGAUCAUUCUGGAUCCCGCUUCAUGCUUAAAAAGCAUUCGUGGAGUCAUUGGGGCCGAUGGCAUUUAUGACAUUCCAUUGCUGCUUCAAACGUUUCCCGACUAUACGGAUUUCAUUGAACAGGCAUUUGGAACAGACACUAGUCAGUUUGUCCAUGCUUCGCCCAUUUCGAAAUUCGCGCAGCACCGCUUACCACCCGUAUUGAUUGUGCACAGUUUGGAAGACUCACUUGUGGAUCUCGGGCAAGCCAAAGUGAUGCUUCAACAUUUACUGUCGCUUGACGCCAAAGUGCAACUGGAUACAAGCGCCCGAGGCGAUCACUAUGAUAUGCUAAAGACCCCGGAGUUUAUCCGUGCUGUCAAGCGAUUUGUAUGACUCAUCAUUAUCUGUUCCAACUCAUGCCAUCUUUUCUCCUCAUUUUUAUCCGGAUUUCCUAUAUUAAAUCCAAUUAGACGCUUUUUACUUGAUUCAUAUGCAAAAUAACGCUCGCCUACCUAAUGAAAAAACAAAUUACCUUCAAAUCAUCGCUUUUAAAAAAGGUUAAGCCCUGUCAGCCAUGUGG